CUUAUCCCACACUUGACAGGUCGUGUCCCCAGACUUUGUAGGCCACCUGUAGCUGAGACUGAUAGUCUUGUCGUGUGCCAUUGGUACAUAUUUCGGGGGAAUGUCUGCCCAUGUGAGUUUGAGGGAUAGCAGUUCAUCGGAGGAGGACAGCCGACCCGAGCUAGAGAGGACGAUGGAUGACCGCAAAACUCAAGUGACAAGACACCAUCAUCCCUUCAGUGUGGAGGCUAUAAUGUCGGGUAGAAAGAUUCACAGUGAGUUUACAAGCAAAUCCGACAAUGUCUCUGUGGUUACAUUUUCAAAGACGCAGAACUCUCCGUACCUGUGCAGAGAGAGCUACAGCCCUCCCGCGGGAAUCCGAAAGCACUUUAUCCCACCGUCGCCUGUAAAGUCAGAGUCCUCCGAGCCGGAUGAUUGUGCUCCCUGGGCUAUGAGCCCAAGAUUCUCUGCACAAACUCGGCAGGUAAGUCCUACCUGUCCGCUGCGGAAGCACAAGACCAACAGAAAGCCUCGUACUCCCUUCACCACCUCCCAGCUGCUGUCUCUGGAGCGUAAGUUCCGUCAGAAGCAGUACCUGUCUAUUGCUGAGCGGGCCGAGUUCUCCAGCUUUCUGACCCUGACUGAAACCCAGGUCAAGAUUUGGUUCCAGAACCGCCGGGCUAAGGCCAAGAGACUACAGGAAGCCGAGCUGGAGAAGCUUAAAAUGGCUGCCAAACCCGCGCUGCACCCGGGCUUUACGUUACCCAUGCCCUUGGGAGCACAGCUCCACACAGCCGUCUCCCUCUACGGACAGUCCUACCCCUACCACCGUCCCAUGCUGCCCCUCUCACCUAUGGGGUUGUACGCUACACCUCUGGGAUACAGCAUGUAUCAUCUAUCAGGAUGAUGGAUAGGAAUAUACGCUUCUGCUCGCUGGACUAUUCUGUUCAUAACUCUUUUUUUUUUAAAUACUUUAUUUUUCUCCUUGCUAUGAAACAACACUGAAAUUGAGGGGGUUUUUUACACCUGAAGAUACAGCGCCUCACUCACGAAAGAGCCUUAAAGACUUAGAUGAAUUGUUUUCUGGUGUCUUGUUUUUCUUCUGCUGAUUUGGAUAUCAAGGCCAAAUUUAGUGGUUAUUUUUUACUUGAUGUAAUAUAUUCCAAUGCAAAUGUUUAUCCAAUUGCCUCUGAUAUUGACAACAUGUAGUUCAAUUACUUCCAUUCCACUUGUCAUCUAGCAUAGAAGAUUCAACUAAGGCCCAUAAUUCUGUUCGGGCCGGGGUGGAUCCAAACUUCAGGACUGUCUCGUUUUACCUCUACUUGAUGACAGACAAGUUUGAUUUCCGACUGCUUUCAUCCCAUACCGAAGUCUAAUAAAUUAGUUGUGGGAACUGUUGUCUUUCUUUUUCAUAAACUCAACUAAUUCAAAUGUGUUGCUAUUUUUACGUUAGAUUUGACUGUAGCAACAAAUUCUAUUCAGCACUUCUGUUUUAUCAGGCAUUUGUCAUCUUCGAUUAAUUUGUGUAUACUUAUUUAUUUUGCUUUCACUCUAAACUUUUAAUGCUGGAAAUGAAUUGAUUGAGUGAUUCAUGUUUCGUAUUUAUAACAUGUAGCUCAAAUGUGGCAAAAGUUUAUACUUUUUAAUCUUUCAUCUAAAUGUUCCUUUGGAAGGAGCUAUACUAUGCAGUUUUAUAAAUACUUUUUAAAAUUUGGUUAUGUAUGUCAUUCACAAGGAUCAAAUUAAAAACGUAUAAAACAUAUGUUUUCUUCUUGAGAUAUUAUGUAAGUGAGAAUAUGUUGUUACGUAUCUACGGCUGUGCUAUCUAAGCCUUUGAAAUUGAACAUGACCUACAUUUUCCACAGACACAGCUGAUGUGUGGUAUAGUUGCAUGGUUGAUAAUGUUUAUGUCAAUAUUUGACAACCCUCAACUGUAAGCACAUAAAAGUCAGAUUUCCAGAUAUUAUAAAACUGUUGUAAACCAUAUCAGUGAAUGUCAUUUUAAAACAAUGUUUCAUUAGGUUGUCAUGGAAUUUGCAGUGUUAUGCUUCCAGUAAGUAAUAUCAUUAUUUAAUUUCAUGUGAAAUUGUGUUAAUGUCAAUUGAAAUGGAGAAAUGCAGAGCCCCAAACCAUAGCAUCUAAACUAUACCACGUUCCUUCAUCUCAGCUCUUCACAUUCUGAAAGCAGUAACUUCAGCAAGAAUCUGUGGAACGAUAAGUAGAGCUGUACCUGUGUCUCAAACACUGUCGUGCGUCAUACAUUUGGGUCAUUUCGAUGACAAAAGUUGUUAAACUACUAAGACUUAAACAUGCCAGGUUUUAAGAUGGCAGUAGUAUUAUUUUAAGAUGGCAGUAGUAUUAUUUUAAGAUGGCAGUAGUAUUUUAAGAUGGCAGUAGUAUUAUUUUAAGAUGGCAGUAGUAUUAUUUUAAGAUGGCAGUAGUAUUAUUUUCAGAUGGCAGUAGUAUUAUUUUCAGAUGGCAGUAGUAUUAUUUUCAGAUGGCAGUAGUAUUAUUUUAAGAUGGCAGUAGUAUUAUUUCCCGAGCAGCAUUCUUGGGACUAAUUGACCUUAAUGCUAUUGUUGUUGUUUUUUUGUCAACUGUGUCCGGCUUCUACAACACUUCUGCUUGUGUGAAACACCAUUGGUUUGGAAAGCCAGAUUGGUCAUGUUUUAUGGUCCUCCUUCCUUCCUUGUUAUAUCAUACAUCAGGGCCCUAACCCUAGAAAGUUAGCUGCAUUUGUGGCAAUUGUAAGAGCUGCUUACAACUUCCGUGUGACUUUGAUGUAAUGAGGAAAUCAUUUAUAGGCAGCACUCUAUUUAUGAGCUUCCCUUUAAUCAAAACAAGGCUGCCAGGCAAGCCCUUGGCGCAGUCAAGCAAUCAGCUUAAUGAACAGCAGAUUGGCAGAGAUGUUCGAGGAUCUGUUUGGAAAUGUCAGGUUGAGGCUAUAUUACUUGAGGGAGAAGUUCUUUAUCUAUUGAAACAAUGUUCUAUAUUUGUGCUAAAUAAAUGGUUUCACCGUUAUUGUGAUUUUUUGUGAUGGCAUGCUCUUUUGACCUUCAAGGCAUUCAUUAAAGAGGCCAAAUAUUUUAUUAGAUUGAUUUUAAAUAAACAAACAUAUUUAUAACAAGAAGCAAAAUACUGAGAAAUCAUUAUGUCAAUGUGUUGUUACACCACUAUAGAGCCAGAGGAUAUCAGUGGUGUAAAGUACUUAAGUAAAAAUACUUUAAAGUACUACUUAAGUAGUUUUUUGUGGGUAUCUGUACUUUACUAUUUAUAUUUUUGACACCUUUUACAUUCCUAAAGAUAAUAAUGUACUUUUUACUCCAUACAUGGUCCCGUGGUCCCGUGUGGCUCAGUUGGCUCAGUUGGUGGCUCAGUUGGUAGAGCAUGGCGCUUGCAACGCCAGGGUUGUGGGUUCGAUUCCCACGGGGGGCCAGUACAAAAAAAGUAUGAAUGUAUGUACUUGUAAGUCGCUCUGGAUAAGAGCGUCUGCUAAAUGACUUAAAUGUAAAUGUAAUACAUUUUCCCUGACACCCAAAAUUACUUGUUAUAUUUUGAAUGCUUAGCAGAACAGAAAAAUUGUCAAAUUCACACACUUAUCAAGAUAACAUCUCUGGUUGUGCCUACUGCCUCUGAUCUGGCGGACUCACUAAAG